GGUCUCGCGAGAGCUCGCGGGCUAUAUCUGGGAGUGGGCGGGCACGCCGCUUCCUUUAGUGCGCGUCCGCCCGCAGCGCAGCACCGCCGUCCGCGCCUCCCGCCGCAGCAGGCCGAGAAGAUGGAGGACAGCGCCAUGGACAUGGAGAGCAUGGGCCCCCUGCGCCCGCAGACCUUCCUUUUCGGCUGUGAGCUUAAAGCAGACAAGGAGUAUCAGUUCAAAGUAGACGAUGAAGAAAAUGAGCAUCAGUUAUCUUUGAGAACGGUUACUUUAGGGGCUGGAGCCAAAGACGAAUUACAUGUUGUAGAAGCAGAAGCACUGGACUAUGAAGGCAACCCUGUUAAAGUAGUACUGGCAUCUCUGAAAAUGUCAGUGCAGCCUACAGUUUCAUUAGGUGGCUUUGAGAUCACACCGCCAGUGGCCUUGAGGUUGAAAUGUGGUUCAGGGCCUGUUUACAUCAGCGGUCAACAUCUUGUAGCAUUAGAGGAGGAACCAGAAUCAGAUGAUGAGGAAGAUGAUACAAAAAUUGUGAACACUUCGACAAAGAGACCAGCAAGUGGAGGAGGAGCCAAAACACCACAGAAAAAGCCAAAAUUGUCAGAAGAUGAUGAGGAGGAUGAUGAAGAUGACGAUGAUGAGGAUGAUGAUGAUGAGGACGACUUGGAGGAUGAUGAGGAAGAAAUAAAAACACCAAUGAAGAAACCUGUCCGUGAGGCUUCAGGAAAAAAUAUGCAGAAAGCAAAGCAAAAUGGAAAAGACUCUAAGCCGUCCACACCAUCAUCUAAAUCAAAAACUCCAGAUUCCAAGAAGGAUAAAACUCUAACUCCAAAAACACCGAAAGUCCCUCUGUCGUUAGAGGAGAUUAAAGCAAAAAUGCAAGCGUCCAUAGAUAAGGGCUCUUCCCUUCCGAAGCUGGAACCCAAAUUUGCCAACUAUGUUAAGAAUUGCUUCAGGACGGAGGACCAGAAGGUCAUUCAAGCUCUCUGGCAGUGGAGACAGACUCUGUAAGAAAAGAAAACGGUUUAAACAGUUCAUUAAAGUCUGCAGUCUUACUUCAGUAACCAUUAUUUGGCUGUCCUUUUUACAAAUGCUGAAAGAGCUUUCCCUAACGUGUCUGAUAAAUGUCAUCCAGGUUACCUUGCCAAGAAUGUGUUGUCCAAAAUGCCUGUUUAGUUUUUAAAGGCAGGACUCCACCCUCAGCUUCAUUUUAAGUAUGUAUGGAAUGUUUUGAUAAGGCAUGGUGUUGGUGGUGGUGGUCAGACAAAUGGAAAUGUUGGGGAGACUAAAUGUAUGUGGAAAAAAAAUAAAUUUUGGUAUUUUAAUAAA